GCGCGGCGGUGGGACCGUGGCCGGUGGCCAUGGGAAUUCGGAGAGCAGAGUGGGCCCCCGGAGAAGCGCGACCUUUGACCUGCAGUUGAGGCUACGUCUGAGGCGGCAGUCGAAGCCGCCGCUGCAGACGGAAGUGAGGCGGAGGCGGCGCGAGCAGUGGGCAGUGCGGCGCCGCGGCGGCCGGCGAUGGAGGAUCCUGUUCAAGAUGGGGUGGCCUCACCGGCCACUCCUGGAACUGGGAAAUCUAAGCUGGAAACAUUGCCGAAGGAAGAUCUCAUCAAGUUUGCCAAGAAGCAAAUGAUGCUAAUGCAGAAAGCUAAAUCAAGGUGUACAGAAUUGGAGAAAGAAAUUGAAGAACUCAAAUCAAAACCUGUUGCUGGAGAAACUGAUGAUAUUAUUAAGGCAUUGACUGAACGUCUAGAUGCUGUUCUUCUGGAAAAAGCAGAAACUGAGCAACAGUGUCUUGCUCUGAAGAAGGAAAAUGUUAAAAUGAAGCAAGAGGCUGAGGAUUCUGUAACUAAGAUGGAGGAUCUACACAAGGAGUUCGAACAGUCACAGAGAGACUAUGUCAAAGAAAUUGAAAAUUUGAAAAAUGAGUUAAUGUCAGUACAUUCCAAACAUAGUGAAGAUAAAGCUAGCUUGCAAAAGGAGCUGGAAGAAGCAAUGAAACAACAAUUAGAACUUUCAGAACAACUUAAAUGUCGGAGUGGCUCUGAAGAUAUUAUUGAAAACCUGCAAGAAGAGAUUCAGAAAAUUAGGCCAGCCUUUGAAGAGCAAAUUUUAUAUCUGCAAAAGCAGUUAGAAGCUGCCACUGAUGAAAAGAAGCAAGAAAUUCAUAAUCUCCACAAAGUCAUUGAGGCUAAUUCUCAGUAUUACCAAAGAGAUAUUAAUAGUUUGCAAGAAGAGCUUUUGCAGUUGAAAGCUACACACCAGGAAGAGUUGAAAGAAUUGAUGUGCCAAAUUGAAACCUCUGCUAAAGAACAUGAAGCAGAAGUAAGUAAGUUAAAUCAGAUAAAGGAGAACUUAGUUAACCAGUGUGAGAUAAGUGAAAAGAACAUACAGGAGAAAUAUGAAUGUGAAUUAGAAAAUGAAAGAAAAGCCUCAAAUGCAAACAAAGAAAAUCAGAUAUGCUCUAUGUUCUUACAAGAAGAUACUUUUGUAGAACAAGUGGUAAAUGAUAAAGUCAAACAUUUAGAAGAUACUUUAAAAGAACUGAAAUCUCAGCACAGUAUCUUAAAAGAUGAGGUAACUUAUAUGAAUAAUCUUAAAUUAAAACUUGAAAUGGAUGCCCAACAUAUCAAGGAUGAAUUUUUUCAUGAACGGGAAGACCUAGAGUUUAAAAUUAAUGAACUAUUACUAGCUAAAGAAGAACAAGUCUGUGUAAUUGAAAAAUUAAAAUCUGAGCUAGAAGAUUCAAAUAAACAAUUUUGCUAUACUCAAGAAAAACAUAACAAAGAAUUACAGAGUCUUAAAGAACAUCAUCAAAAAGAAAUAUCAGCGCUAAAUGAGGCAUUUUUGUCAGAUUCAGACAAAGAAAAAUUAACAUUAAUGUUUGAAAUACAAGGUCUUAAGGAACAGUGUGAAAACCUGCAGCAAGAAAAGCAGGAAGCCAUCUUAAAUUAUGAGAGUUUGCGAGAGAUUAUGGAAAUUUUACAAACAGAACUAGGGGAGUCUGCAGGAAAAAUAAGUCAAGAGUUGGAAUCAAUGAAGCAACAGCAAGCAUCUGAUGUUCAUGAACUGCAGCAGAAGCUCCGAGCUGCUUUUAAUGAAAAAGAUGCUCUCCUUGAAACUGUGAAUCGUCUCCAGGGAGAAAAGGAGAAACUAUUAUCUCAACAAAAAUUAGUACCAGAACUUGAACAUACCUUAAAGAACCUUCAAGAAAAGAAUGAAGAAUAUUUAAUUAGUCUCAGUCAGAAAGAUACCAUGCUACAAGAGUUAGAAGUCAAGAUAAAUUCUCUUACUGAGGAAAAAGAUGGUUUCAUAAGUAAAAUGAAAAACUCUCAUGAAGAGAUGAACAAUCUCCAUAAAAAAUGUGAAAGGGAAGAAAGGUUGAUUAUAGAACUUAGGGAAAAGGUUGAGCAAACUACCCAGUAUAACAGUGAAUUAGAACAAAAGGUAAAUGAAUUAACAGGAGAUCUAGAAGAGACUUUAAAAGAAAAGGAUCAAAAUAACCAAAAACUAGACAAGCUUAUGGUUCAAAUGACAACUCUCGCUAAAGGCCAGGAGAUGAUGUCAUCUGAAAUGAAGUCUCUUUAUGAAGAAAAUAAUAGACUAAGUUCAGAAAAGAACCAGUUGAGCAGGGAAUUGGAAAUUGUCCUAUCUCAAGGGAAUCUUAGCCUUAAAGAACAGAUUACUGAAUUAGAAGAGAAACUUCGGUUAACAGUUGAAGAACGAGAUAAUUUAAGUAAAAUGUUUGAAAAUGAGCAAGUUCAGAAGUUAUUUCUCAAAACUCAGUUGUAUGGUUUUCUUGAACAGAUGGGGUCAAAGGUUUCAGAAGAAAAUGAAGAAAAAGAUAUCAUAAAUGUCCUACAAGCUAUAGGUGAGUCCUUGGCAAAAAUGAAUGAGGAAAAGCACAACUUAGUUUUUCAACAUGAUAAAAGGGUGUCAGAGUUAGAAAAAGAGAUUAAGUGCAUUCAGGAAGAGAAUGCAGUUCAAUGUGAGGAACAUAGGUCUUUACUAGGAGACUAUGAACGAGAGAAAGAUCUCUUAAGGAAAGAAUUAGAAAAAACCCUGUCAGAAAAAGAGGCUCUACAGUUCGAUCUUCUAGAAAUGAAAAAUGCUAAUGAAAAAUCAAGGCUUGAAAAUCAGAAUCUUUCAAUUCAGAUUGAAGAAGUAUCUCAAAAACUGUUGUGUAGCAGAAAUGAAAUCCGUAUUGAAAAGGAGAAUUCUUUUAUAGAGGAACAUGAAAACCUAAGGCCAUUGCUAGAACAAAAAGAAUCUGAAUUGCAAGGUGUGAGAGCGGAGCUGGCAUUGUUAAAGGAUUCCUUAGAGAAGUCAUCUUCUGUAAAACAUGAUCAAUCCUCUUCAGUUAAAGACCUGGAAGAGAAAAUAGUGAAUCUGGAAAAAGAAUCCAAAGAGAAAGAAGAGAAAAUAAAUAAGAUAAAAGUAGUCGCAAUGAAGGCAAAGAAGGAACUUGAUUCUAGCAGAAAAGAGGCCCAUACUCUAAGGGAAGAACUCGAAUCUGUUCGAUCAGAAAAGGAGCUUUUGUCCACUUCCAUGAGAGAUCUUAUUCAUGGAGCAGAAACAUACAAGAAUCUUUUAUUAGAAUAUGAUAAGCAGUCAGAGCAGUUGGAUAUGGAAAAAGAACGUGCCCGUAAUUUUGAGCAUCAAGUAGAGGACCUCACAAAACAACUAAGGAAUUCAAUUUUUCAGUGUGAAAAAUUAAAUUCUGAUAAUGAAGAUCUCCUGGCACGAAUUGAGACACUACAGUCUAAUGCCAAGUUGUUAGAAGUACAGAUUUUAGAAGUUCAGAGAGCCAAAGCAAUGGUAGACAAAGAGUUAGAAGCUGAAAAACUUCAGAAAGAGCAGAAAAUAAAGGAACAUAGCAGUAGUGUAAAUGAACUUGAAGAACUUCAGCUACAACUUCAAAAGGAAAAGAAACAGCUUCAGAAAACUAUGCACGAAUUAGAGCUGGUUAGAAAGGAUGCCCAACAAACCACAUUGAUGAAUAUGGAAAUAGCUGAUUAUGAACGUUUGAUGAAAGAACUAAAUCAAAAAUUAUCUAAUAAAAACAGCACAAUUGAAGAUUUGGAGCAAGAAAUUAAGAUUCAGAAACAGAAACAAGAAACCCUACAGGAAGAAAUGACUUCACUGCAGUCUUCAGUACAACAAUAUGAAGAAAAAAACACCAAAAUCAAGCAACUGCUUGUGAAAACCAAAAAAGAACUGGCAGAUUCAAAGCAAGCAGAAACUGAUCACUUAAUACUUCAAGCAUCUUUAAAGGGUGAGCUGGAGGCAAGCCAGCAGCAAGUGGAAGUCUAUAAAAUUCAGCUGGCUGAAACAACAUCUGAGAAACAUAAAAUCCAUGAACAUCUAAAGACCUCUGCAGAACAACAUCAGCACGCACUAAGUGCUUACCAACAAAAGAUUGCAGCCCUACAAGAAGAGUGCUGCACUGCCAAGGCAGAACAAGCCGCUACAACAUCUGAAUUUGAGAGCUACAAAGUUCGAGUUCACAACGUUCUUAAACAACAGAAAAAUAAAUCUGUGUCUCAGGCUGAAACUGAGGGAGCGAAACAAGAAAGGGAACACCUGGAAAUGUUGAUUGACCAAUUAAAAAUCAAAUUACAAGACACCCAGAAUAACUUACAUAUCAAUGUAUCUGAACUUCAAACACUACAGACUGAACACGAUACUCUGCUAGAAAGGCACAACAAGAUGCUACAGGAAACUGUGUCCAAAGAGGCAGAACUCCGUGAAAAGUUGUGUUCAAUACAGUCAGAGAACAUGAUGAUGAAGUCUGAACAUGCACAGACUGUGAGUCAGCUAACAUCCCAAAAUGAGGUACUUCGCAACAGUUUCCGGGAUCAAGUAAGACAUUUGCAGGAAGAGCACAGAAAGACAAUGGAGACUUUACAGCAGCAACUCUCUAAGGUGGAAGCUCAGCUCUUUCAGCUUAAGAGUGAACCCACCACAAAAAGCCCAUCUUCUUCCCACCAACCUUUGAAGAACCUUCGAGAAAGGAGAAAUACAGACCUUCCCCUUCUGGACAUGCACACUAUAACCAGGGAGGAGGGAGAAGGGAUGGAGACAACUGACACUGAGUCUGCAUCUUCUGCUAGCACUCACACACAGUCUUUAGAGCAACUUCUUAAUUCUCCUGAACCUAAACUAGAACCUCCUUUAUGGCAUGCUGAAGUUACCAAAGAAGAGUUGGUUCAGAAGCUCAAUUCCACUGCAAAAAGUGCCGAUCACUUGAAUGGCCUGCUUCGGGAAACGGAAGCAACCAAUGCAAUCCUUAUGGAGCAAAUUAAGCUUCUCAAAAGUGAAAUAAGAAGAUUGGAAAGAAAUCAAGAACGAGAGAAGUCGGUAGCUAACUUGGAAUACUUGAAGAAUGUCUUGCUACAGUUCAUUUUCCUUAAACCAGGCAGUGAAAGAGAGAGGCUCCUUCCUGUUAUAGACACAAUGUUGCAGCUGAGCCCUGAAGAAAAGGGAAAACUUGCUGCAAUUGCUCAGGGUGAGGAAGAAAAUGCUUCACGUUCUUCAGGAUGGGCAUCCUAUCUGCAUAGUUGGUCUGGACUUCGAUAGACUGGUGGAAAGAAAAUGGUUUAUUUAUUAACCAAAUAGAAUCCGUUUGACAAAAAAUGGUUCAACUAUAUUGCUGUCAUCCUUUUGUUAAAAAGUAUGUACAUAUGUUCACAUCUUCAUAUAUUUGUACCUAUAUAUGACAGAUGUAUUUAAAAGUCUCAGCUUGUAGUAAAAAGUACUACAGCUUGAAGUUGACACCUGUCCAGUCCUUUGAUUCAACACCACAGAAACCACUAUAUCUGUGAUCUUCUAUGUACAUUGUCAGAAUUAAAACACAAAGAGUGAAUUCACUCCCCUCCUUCUCUGGAACCUCAGCCCUGCCUAUUUCUUGGCAGUACUGUGAAUUUUGAAGUUAAAUAAAAUUUUGGUACCGUAACAACUGGAAUUUAGGCUUUUAAAAUAAUGUUAUGAGACUAUUUAUUGCAAGAUCAGACUUGCAGAUGGAUUGUUAUAACAUUAAUUCUACGUUGUUAGAGGAAAUUUGGUUAUUAGACUAUGAAGGGAAAGCUUUAUUGGUAAAAUUGACCAUCGUAAUUAUUAAGGGCCUAUAAAGUAAACAUGCUUCAAUUCUAUAAUUAAUCAUGAGGCUACACUAAAAUAAAGUUUUAUUUAGUUAUUUGUUUUAAAAUGCACUUUAAAAAUAAAAACUGCUCAUAUACAUACAUGUAUGUAUCUAAAGUUUCUUAUCCCAAAACUGAUUGUGUUGUCAGAAGGUCUUGGGACCACCAUGGUGGUGAUUUCACGGUGUCUUUCCAGGCUUUUUUUACAGUAACUCUACUUGAAAGCCAAGGGCCUAUCUUGAGAAUUUUCUCCACCAUCCCCCCACCCCCAUAUAAAAACAUUGCAGAACAGCGACUAUAUUAUUCAGAAUUAUAUCUAAACAUGAAACUGGUGCUUCCUGUGUUUUGGUAGAUAGAAUUGUUCCGUAAACUUUCCAUCAGAAGGGAUUUUAGACAAGCACCUUAUAGAUCAAAGUACAUUAGCUCUUGUGAAUAAUUCUAAAUGGCGGUAUCAAUUAUCUUUGACAUCUCUGAAUAUAUUGUAUUGACAAGAUAUAAAUUGUGUUCUGAAAUCAUAAAUUUGAUAAUUCUAUUUUACUGUUUAUUUGGUAAUAAAUCACUGCAUUGUA